UGUUGUAAAAUGGCGGCGGAAGCGUCGACACAGGUAUGAAAUGUUUGCGAUACCGGAUAAACUUGUGAAAUGUGCUUGGUCAUAUAACUCGUUAAGCACCAGAGAAGUGUUUCCUCUCAUCAGUUGAAGCUGUGAGAGAGAAAAAAAAAGAAAGAAAAAGAAAAAAAAAGUCUCCAGGCUCUUAACUUAAUUUGGCUACACUUGAGGAAGAGCUGGUAAACGCAGCGAGUCGGCGUCAGCAGCAAGUGCGCUUGGCGAGCAAGUCCGGUUCGACGUGGUGUUCGUGUUUACCAGCCGCCUCUCUUCCUUGAGGUGAAUGUAUGUGUUUGUCCCGACAAAUGACCUCACCCCGGUGCUGUUUCUGUGCACUAAGCUGCGUUGAGGGGGCAGGGAGGUGAUGGUGGUGCAGCAGUAGUCACAGCAUCAUCAUGAACCGCUCCGGCCGGCGGAUACCUGCCACCCACCUGUAGCAUCAACCGGCAGCAUGGCGAACACGACCCACGGCACCCAGGACCGGGGAAGCGACCGUUGUGGUGUGUCUGGAGAAGCCAUAGUGGAGAAUGGCUCUAUAGUCAAAGACCCGACGGCCUCUGACCUCCACGAUCAUACCAACCACUACUGCCAUGAAGCCAGCACAAGUGAGCCCGUCCUGCCCAGUUACAAGCCAUCCUGCUCCAGUACUCCCAUCUACUACAGCAGCCCCCAGAAAAGCUACUCAGACCUGGACCAGGACAGCCACAGCUUGACUUCCCAGGACUCAGGUAUCCCCACUCUGGAGAUCAACCCUCCAGAGCCCAUCCUCCACAGCCACCAACGUCCAAGCGACACAGGCCUCAUCCUGAAUGCCAGUAACAAUCCUCCCGCCACUUUACCUUUGGAUGAUGAUCCCUCUGAUGACAAGAUCGUCCGCAAAUCCUCCACCUUCCCCCGCAGUGGGUACGACUCCAUCCGUCUCUUCAGCCCUGCCCUCAGAUUAUCAGCCACCAUGGGAAUGGGUGUCGGGAGCGGAACCUUAAACCGCAGCGAUGACAUCUCUGUGUGCAGCGUGUCCAGCAUGAGCACUGAGCUAUCAGUCUCCAAUGAGGACAUCUUGGAUUUCACUGUCACAUCUGAUUCCAGUGCCAUUGUCACCUUAGAGUCAGACGACAGUGGCACCGCUCACUUCUCAGAUGUGACGUUGUCAUCGUCUCCGGGAAACCCCAGAGACUUAUGGAGUCCUGUACGACCGUAUUUGCGGUCAGGUGUCAUGCAGCAGGAAGAAGAUGGCAGGCAAAAGAAACUGGGACCUCUAGCAAGCUUAUUCAACAGGAGCCUGUUUGCUAGGAGGGUGAAAGACAGUCGGCCAGUGGAGCAGAGGGACCCAGGGUGGAAGCUGUUUGGGAAAGUCCCCCCACGGGAAAGCCCCAUCAAGGAUCCUAAGAAAAUACAAAAGGAAUAUGAAACAAAGAGUGGCAGAGCUGGACCUGGCAACCCAACAUCUCCCAGGCAGAGUGUGAGGAAAAACCUCGACUUUGAGCCUCUUUCCACUACCGCACUUAUACUGGAGGACAGACCUGCUAAUCUGCCUGCCAAGCCAGCUGAGGAGGCACAGAAACACAAACAGCAGUAUGAAGAGAUGGUGGUCCAGGCCAAGAAGAGAGAGUUCAAGGAGGCUCAGAAGAGGAAGAAGCAGCUGGAGGAUCGAUGUAAGCUUGAGGAGAGCAUUGGCACAGCCGCCCAGACCUGGAACCAGGAGAUCUUACCUAACUGGAGUACAAUGUGUACCUCUCGCCGAGUGAGAGACCUCUGGUGGCAAGGCAUCCCCCCCAGUGUCAGAGGCAAAGUGUGGAGCCUGGCUGUGGGAAACGAGCUCAACAUCACACAUGCACCCGCGGGGCUACUUGCAGAUAAGCACUUGACUGCUGAGCUGGGCGGGCCCUAUCAUGAUGUGCUGCACAGCAUUCUGGGAGCAUACACUUGUUAUCGGCCAGACGUUGGCUACGUGCAGGGAAUGUCGUUCAUCGCAGCAGUGCUGAUCCUGAACCUGGACACAGCUGAUGCCUUUAUAGCUUUUGCCAACCUGCUCAACAAGCCCUGUCAGAUGGCCUUCUUCAGAGUUGACCAUAGCCUUAUGUUGACUUACUUUGCGGCAUUUGAAGUGUUCUUUGAAGAAAAUCUACCAAAGCUCUUUGCACAUUUCAAGAAAAACAACUUGACCCCUGAUAUUUAUUUAAUUGACUGGAUCUUCACUCUGUACAGUAAGUCUCUGCCGUUGGACCUGGCGUGUCGGGUGUGGGACGUGUUCUGCAGAGACGGCGAGGAGUUCCUGUUCCGCACCGCACUGGGCCUGCUGCGUCUGUACCAGGAGGUCCUGACCUGCAUGGACUUCAUUCACAUGGCUCAAUUCCUUACCCGCCUACCUGACCUCAUCCCUGCCGAGCAGCUCUUCCAGCACAUCGCCACUAUUCACAUGACCAGCCGCAACAGGAAGUGGGCACAGGCCCUACAGGCAUUACAGAAAGAUCAGGAGCGAGGCAGCCCGGUGCUGAAGCGCUGAGCUGAAAUCAGAAGUAACCUUCACGCACUAACGGACUCAACCAGUUUCCCCUCCAUCCUUCGGGAAAAACUGGACUCUUACCAGGCCAGAUGGACCUGAGAGAGACCUGUGUUCAGCUUUUGGACAUAUCUGGUUGUAGCUUCUGUGAUAAACCUCUUCUGCAGUUCCAUGUCACUGCUCUGACUAGAACCAGGACCCUGUAGGGGGACAGUCAGUGAUGAGGCAGGGGUGUGAAAAGGAAUAUGAGGCCUUAUUUAACUCCCACCGCACUUCCUCUGCCCAGAGGCCCAGCAGUGGACUGGAAACUGUAAUCGGCAGAGGCUGAAGAAUGUAUCACGCACUCCUACAUAUAUGUACCUAGCAGACGGGUUCAGGUUUCACAGACCAGGAGAAGCCACAGAGAUAGCGGUUACUACUCAGAUCCUCUGCCUGCUUUUGCUCUAUCUUUUCUUUUCUUUAUUCUUUAUUUUUUUGGUUUGGCAAACUUAUCUUUAAAUUAUUAUGACACACACAAUAGUCUACUCCCCAAUCGCUAAACAAAAUAUCAGACAGAGAAAGUAAAAGUAAUGUCCUAAAUCAUCUCCAGUCAGAUCUGUGUAUGACAAUGUUGAAAUGUGUCAAUCUCUCUGUUUUUCCACCUUUUUUUUCCCUCAAAACUUUAGUCAUUCCUUCAUGUCCUCUGAUUUUGAUUAGGUCUGCCGGCUGUGAUCUGGGUGUGCUUCUCAGUUGUUUUCCAGUCAGAGUAAAUUUGUUUCCUGAAUCAUUCCAUGAAGUCUGUUCUUCUGAACACGUAGACUUCAGUGAGUUGAAAUCCACGAAGAGGUUAAACCCUUGAAGACAGGUCUGGUGUUUCUGAAAGCGCCACAUUGUUACAUGUAAUGAAAUGUUUUACCCUCUAAAAAGAGGUCAAAAGUUGCCUGUAAAAUGACUUUUUUACAGUAUAUUUAUGAAAUAAUGAAACCAGAGCAAAUAAUGAGGUAAUAUGUUACUGUUAGACACACACAACAUACAGUGUCAGACAUGGACUUCCUCUGCCCUUAAUAUGUUUGAGGUACAUUUCAGCUUGUUAGUGUUUUGAUCCCUAUUGUCUUGACGUGAGUGUUGACGUCUUUUGUGCAAUUAUUUAAUAUUUAUCAAAAACAGGACAUCCAGUGAAAUGAAGGGUUGUUGCUGAGCCUCUCCCCACCCUAACCUGUUUGGAGCACAUAUAUACUUGGUUUUAACAACACGUUCUUGUAGGCGAGAGGUUGUGACCCGAGUUCGUGUACUUACAUGUGUACUUGGAGGAUUAAAAAGUAUGUCCACUAAACAUGACAAUACUCAAGGAAAUGAGCUAUUUUGUUAAUGUGGAUAUCAAGGCAGAAAACACAGCAGCUGUGACAUACUGUAAAGGUUUCUCCUUACGACCUUCCAUCAUAAUUACCUCCGCCAACAUGUUUUCACUCAUGUCUGUCAGUUGGUUUGUUUGUUGCUCAGCAGGAUUACGCAAAACCACUGAACUGAUUUGCACCAAACUUGGUGGAUGGAUGGGGCGUGGGCAAGGGAGGAACCCAGUACAUUUUGGUGAGGAUCCAGGAAUUUUUUGACUUUCCUUAAUAGAGGGCAUUUUUUUGACAUUUUCAUCAAUAUACGACCUUGGACGAGGUAUGCACUCUACUGAGAACCAUUCCAGUUGUUUGUUCAGAGUCUGCUCUGCCUUAUGUCACAUUCUAUACUGCCCACAUUGUUUAUGUGCUUUAUUGCAUGCUUUGGACAUAUAGCUUUAAUGUCUAAUGACUCACACAACUAAUGCUCUUAACCUUAAUGGAUUCAGUGAGUAACGCUGCAGGCUACAACUUUUUUGCCUACAUUUGUUUCCAUUUUGAAAACAAUUGGCACAAUUUAAAAAAAAAAAAAAAAAAAAAAAAAAAA